GCUGGCGCUGCCAGGGACCGCCACGAACAGGACCGACGCUCAGGGCUCUCCAAGUGGAAACCACUCUGUGCCUCUGCUGACCUCCAAUGCUACCAUGGCAGAGAAUACUACCAUGCAUGUGGUUUCCAACCAGACCCAUGAAAUUAACAGCACCGUGAAGCCUUCAGUACUGCCAAAAACUACCAUAGCUGUCACUGUGAAACCUACAACUGUUGUUAAAAUAUCAACCCCGGGAGUCUCACCAAAUGUGACUCCCACUGCCUCAAAGUCUACACCCAAAGCAAGUGCUUCCCCAAACUCUACCCAGACAUCAGCAUCCACUACAACCACAGCCCACAGUAGUUUACUGACAUCUGUCACGGUUUCAGCAACUACUCAUCCCGCCAAAGGCAAAGGAUCAAAGUUUGAUAUUGGCAGCUUUGUUGGUGGUAUAGUGUUAACACUGGGAGUUUUAUCUAUUCUCUACAUUGGAUGCAAAAUGUAUUAUUCAAGAAGAGGCAUUCGGUACCGAAGCAUUGAUGAACAUGAUGCCAUCAUUUAAAGUCCUUCAGUGAUCA